ACAGGGCGGGCGGAGUGCUGGGAGCUCGCCACCCGGAGCAGAGGGGUCUCCCCACCCAGACCACCAGGACCCCCGUUUUCACGAGAAUGGCCCAGAUGUCUCAGGUGCAGGAACUCUUCCACGAGGCAGCCCAGCAGGGGGCCCUGGCCCAGCCCCAGCCCUGGUGGAAGACCCCGUUGUUUGUAUGGGAGCCAGUGCUGUUCGGAACCUGGGAUGGUGUGUUCACGUCCUGCAUGAUCAACAUUUUUGGGGUUGUCCUUUUCUUGAGGACCGGCUGGCUGGUGGGGAACACAGGAGUGCUCAUGGGCAUGUUUCUGGUGUCAUUCGUCAUCCUGGUGGCCCUCGUCACCGUGCUGUCUGGCAUUGGUGUCGGGGAGCACUGUGGCGUUGGCAGUGGUGGCGUCUACUCCAUGAUCUCCUCGGUCCUGGGUGGGCAGACCGGAGGCACGAUUGGGCUGCUCUACGUGUUUGGACAGUGUGUUGCAGGCGCCAUGUACAUCACCGGCUUCGCCGAGUCCAUCUCAGACCUGCUGAGCCUCAGGAACAUCUGGGCCGUGCGAGGCAUUUCCGUUGCCGUGCUUCUGGGCUUGCUGGGGAUUAACCUGGCAGGUGUCAAGUGGAUCAUCCGCCUGCAGCUGCUGCUGCUGCUCCUGCUGGCCGUGUCCACGCUGGACUUUGUGGUGGGCUCUUUCACACACCUGGAUCCAGAACAUGGUUUUAUUGGAUAUUCACCGGAACUGCUGCAGAACAACACUCUGCCCGAUUACAGCCCUGGGGAGUCUUUUUUCACUGUUUUUGGGGUGUUCUUCCCAGCAGCUACAGGAGUCAUGGCCGGAUUCAACAUGGGGGGCGACCUCAGGGAGCCUGCUGCCAGCAUCCCCCUGGGCUCCCUAGCAGCUGUUGGCAUCUCGUGGUUUCUGUACAUCGUCUUUGUGUUCCUGCUCGGCGCCGUCUGCACCCGAGAGGCUCUUCGCUAUGACUUCCUGAUGGCGGAGAAGGUGUCCCUGGUGGGCUUCCUGUUCCUUUUGGGCUUAUACAUCUCGUCCCUGGCCUCCUGUAUGGGAGGCCUCUACGGAGCCCCCCGGAUCCUGCAGUGCAUUGCCCAGGAGAAAGUGAUUCCCGCACUAGCCUGUCUGGGGCAAGGGAGAGGGCCAAAUAAAACUCCCGUUGCUGCCAUCUGCCUGACCAGCUUGGUGACCAUGGCCUUUGUCCUCGUGGGUCAGGUGAAUGUCCUGGCUCCCAUUGUCACCAUCAACUUCAUGCUGACAUACAUCGCGGUGGAUUACUCCUACUUCUCCCUGUCCAUGGUUCCCUGCAGCCAGCCCCAGGCGCCCGAGUCAGCGCACGGGGCGGACCCGGACUCUCUCCUCUGCUCUGAGCACCUGCUGUUGGGCAAAGCUCCCAGUUAUGGCUCUGAGGGCACUGCCCGCGGCCUCUCUGACGGCACUCUGCUACAAUUCACCAAAGAUAUGGACCAGCUCCUCCAGGUAACAAGGAAGCUUGAGAGUAGCCAGGCCAGGCCAGGAGAAAGCAAAGGGACCCCAGAGCAUCAGAAGGGGAAAUGCAAGAAGGCCACCAAGAAAACCCUACAAGACAGCUUCCUCUUGGACCUCAAGUCGCCAGCUUCCUUCCCUGUGGAAGGCCCGGACAGGCGGCCCAGCGCCACCUGGGACGGGCAGGGGUCCUCCUGGAGCCAACAGCGGGCCCGCACCGAAAGGCCUCAGCCCGCGGGAGUAUGUGGAGGACACUGUGUCCCUGGGCUGAGCAACCAGCCAAGGCCAAGCGGAGGAGAUGUCUUCCUAAAGUCUAGGUUCCUGGAACAAGAUAUCCAGAGCAGACCUACUUCUUUCUAUGCUCGCAUGUGCAACCCCUGGGUCUCACUGUUGGGGGCUGUUGGGUCCCUUCUGAUCAUGUUUGUGAUCCAGUGGGUCUACACCUUGAUUAACAUGUGUGUUGCUGCCAUUGUGUAUUUCUACAUUGGCCGGGCGAGUCCAGGGCUUCACCUGGGAUCGGCCUCCAACUUCAGCUUUUUCAGAUGGAUGAGGUCUUUUCUGAUCCCCUCCUGCAGCAGCCUGCGAUCCCCAACAGAGCAGAUCAUUGUGGCGCCGUCCCUGGCUAGGGUUGACAUGGAGAUGACGCAGCUCACCCAGGAGAACGCAGACUUCGCCACUCGGGACCGCUACCACCACUCCUCCCGCGUGAGCCGGGAGCAGCUGAUGCCUCCGUACUAGGCAGCCCGGGGACCCACCUCUCCUGGAGCUGCCUAGUGCUCCGUGGACCGAAAUCCCAGCCUUUGUGGAGCUGGGUCUCCUCGGUAGGAACUCAGAGACCUGUCCUCCCACUGCCGUCGGGACAGUGCAAGUCUGC